AUGGUUUUACAGGUAAAGGUGGAGAUGUUUUUAAUUCUGAAGGUGGAGAAUGCAAAGGAAAUGUUCAGCUGUAGCACCGAAGGUGUGUACCAGUGUCGUUACACAGGACUGAUAUUCAAAACAGCCACAGCAGCUGAGGUGCAGUACCACACAGUUCCCUGGGACUACAAGAAGCUGGAACAAGAAGGUUUAGUGGCAGCAGGACCUCUGUUCAAGAUGAAAGGUCUUCAGGGGACAGUCAGACAGCUGGGGUUUCCACACUGCCAGAUCAUUUCCAGUGAAGAGACUCCAUCACUAAUUGUAAUCCAUAUAAAAGACAAAACGUUUGAGAAGCUCCAGGCUGUGAGAACGUCAGACACCCAUGUGUUUUUGAAUAUCAAUGGAUUCUGCAAGUUUGGACUCGCCAAGGAACAACACAGUGAGGGAAACGGCCAUAGUAGAAUCCGAGCUCUUGUGCUACUGUUUCUCGACCACCUCACGCUGAACGUUCUAUUGCUACCAAAAAAUGUUGUUCUCAGGGAGGUAUUUGAAAAUAGGCGGAAGAUGACAGAGCCAAGAAAUGAGAUCUAUAUUGAUACUCCAUCAAAAUGUAAACUCGUCCCAGAUGAGACCUACAGUCUCACCUGUAGUUCCGAAAAGCACACAGUAACUCCAAAGAUUGCAGAAUUUGAUGUUGAAAGCUAUGAAGACUACUAUCCAACCUUUCAAGUGGCUUUAUCCAACAUAGAGCCCAUUAACCUAUAUCUACAUGAAAAAAAGCAAAAUGAAAAAGAAAAUGGCACGGAAUGUGUAUGGCAAACUUAUGUGAACCUUCAACGUUCCCAUAAAGGAGGAACCAUAGCAGAGUCCAGUCCUUUAAGUCCGUACACCCCACCAGGUCAGGACUUCUUCCACAGACACAAGGCAGAGCUGGAGACUCGUCUAGGACUCCUGAGGCCCAUCCUCUCUGGGCUGCAGAAAUGUAGAGUUCUUAACCCCCAGGAGAGAGAAGAGGUGGAGAACAAGGACGGAUCCGUGCGGAACCGCACUCUGUUGCUCAUGCUGGAGAAGAAAGGAGGUCCAGCUCAGGAGGACUUCUACAGGGUUCUACAGCAAUGUGAUCCAUACCUGGUGAAAGACCUUGAAAGACCUCAUGUUUAUGGGACAUCUGAACAUCCCAAUUUGUUGAGGAGAGAUUUAAACAGUCAUUCACGCAAGAGGCAGUGGCAUAUUAAUGAUGCUAUUGACGUAACAUGA